UUCUAUCCUCCACACAUCCAUUUUCUUGGUUCACAGAGCACCACCAACAUCCCACAUUCAUCCUCUUAUCUUCCUCUUUCUCCAAACCAGCAGCAUUCAUUCCUUGCAUUCGAUGGCUGCUGAUUCCUCUUCUGCCAAUGCUUUCCUUGAAGAACUAGAGGCCCUCAGUGACUCCCUCUACAAAUCACACACAACUCGAAGAACAGCUUCCCUUGUCCUGCCACGAACUUCAUCUCCUUCUGUUCCAUCUGCCCAAGAAGAUGUCAAAGUCAAUGCAAAACCUCGAUCACGCCGCCUGUCCUUGUCCCCAUGGCGAUCAAGGCCGAAGCUUGAGGAUGCCAAGGCACCACCAACUACUCAGUCACCGGGAGAAACCAGAAAGCUGGAUGAGUCAUCCCGUGACGGUGACAAGAAAGGGAUUUGGAGCUGGAAGCCUAUCCGGGCUCUGUCUCAUAUUGGAAUGCAGAAACUAAGCUGUUUAUUCUCCGUUGAAGUGGUUGCAGCACAAGGCCUUCCUUCUUCCAUGAAUGGCCUUAGGCUCUCUGUGUGUGUUAGAAAGAAAGAGACAAAGGAUGGUGCUGUUAAGACCAUGCCAUCACGUGUUACACAAGGAGCUGCAGAUUUCGAAGAGACUCUUUUCAUCAGGUGCCAUGUUUAUGCCACCCAAGCUGGUGGAGCUGCAAAGCAGGUUAAGUUUGAGCCACGCCCCUUUUUGAUAUACCUUUUCGCAGUUGAUGCUAAAGAGCUUGAUUUUGGAAGAAGCUCGGUGGAUCUGAGCGAGCUCAUCAAAGAAUCCAUUGAGAAAAGCCAUGAAGGAACACGAGUUCGCCAAUGGGACACAAGCUUCAGCUUGUCUGGGAAGGCAAAGGGAGGAGAACUUGUUCUCAAACUGGGAUUCCAGAUCAUGCAGAAGGAUGGUGGACUCGAUAUAUAUAAUCAACCCGAGAAUCCAAAUUCAAAUUCAAAUUCCAAGACCAGCUCCAGCUCCAGCAAGUUGAGAAAUUUCUCAUCUUUUGCUCGCAAACAAUCCAAGACGUCCUUCAGCAUGCCUAGUCCCAGAAUGACAAGCAAAAAUGAUGCACGAAGGCCGGCAGAUAUUCAAGGAAUGGAUGAUUUGAAUCUUGAUGACCCAAACCCGAAACCUGAAAAGGUGGAGGAUUUCGAUCUUCCUGAUUUCGAGGUUGUUGACAAAGGUGUUGAAGUUCAAGAGAAGGAAGAAGAUGGAGGGGAAUCUGAGAAACCUUUACCAGUCAAAACAACUCCUCCAGGUGAAGUUGUCAAGGAAAUAGUCCAUGAUCAUCUGCAUCUCAAUAGAUUGAGUGAGCUUGAUUCAAUUGCCCAGCAGAUAAAAGCUCUUGAGUCGAUGAUGGGAGAAGAUGAUAAGUAUAUGAAAUUAGAGGACGAGAUACAAUCGCAAAGGCUAGAUGCAGACGAAGAAACUGUGACGAGGGAGUUUCUUCAGCUGCUUGAGGAUCAAGACUUUAAAGGAUACUCAUUCAAUCAACCUGAAAUUCCACCAUUACAACUUGAAGGACAGAAGGAAUCUUCUUCUGCAGAUGCUGAAUCCAAGGUGUAUCUGCCUGACCUUGGAAAGGGUUUGGGCUGUGUAGUUCAAACUAGAGAUGGAGGCUACUUAGCUUCCAUGAAUCCAUUAGAUAUGGCUGUGGAGAGGAAAGAUACCCCAAAGCUAGCAAUGCAGAUGUCAAAGCCUUUUGUGUUGGAAUCACAUCAAAGCGUGACUGGCUUUGAGUUGUUUCAAAAACUGGCUGGUAUUGGUCUUGAUGAACUCAGCUCUCAAAUUUUGUCAUUGAUGCCCAUAGAUGAACUUAGGGGCAAAACUGCAGAACAGGUGGCUUUUGAAGGCAUUGCUUCUGCCAUCAUACAUGGCAGGAGCAAGGAAGGAGCCAGUUCAAGUGCCGCUCGCAUAGUUUCUUCCGUGAAAAGUAUGGCAAAUGCUUUGAGUUCAGGAAGAAAAGAACGGAUUUCGAGUGGCAUUUGGAAUGUGGAUGAAGAUCCGGUCAGUGCAGAGAAGCUUCUGGCUUUUGCAAUGCAGAAGAUUGAAUCAAUGGCAGUGGAAGCAUUGAAAAUUCAAGCAGAAAUGGCUGAGGAAGAAGCUCCGUUCGAAGUUUCUGCACUCAGCUCAAAGAAAGGGGACAUUGAGAGUGGGAAAGAGAUUUUGGCUUCUGCUUCUUCACUUGAGGAUUGGAUCAAAGAUAAUGCAAGUUCUGAGAGUGAAGCAGAAAAGGCCACACUGAUGUUGGUUGUCCAAUUGAGGGAUCCGCUGAGACGCUAUGAAGCAGUUGGAGGGCCUAUGUUAGUGGUUGUUCAUGCAACGCCCGCAGAGAAGAAGGAAGAGGAGGAGGAGAAGAAGUUCAAAUUAAGUAGCAUGCAUGUGGGAGGCUUCAAGGUGAGGAGUGGCACAAAAAAGAAUUCAUGGGACAGUGAGAGACAGAGGCUAACUGCAAUGCAAUGGUUGGUCUCAUGUGGCUUUGGAAAGGCAGCAAAGAAAGGGAAGCAAGCAUUGCAAAAGGGGCAAGACCUGUUAUGGACUAUUUCCUCCCGAAUUGUGGCUGACAUGUGGCUUAAAACCAUGAGAAAUCCUGAUAUCAAGCUUCUAAAGUGAUGAUGAUUCGUUUGUGCAGAUUUAAGUAUGAGCAUAAGCACUGUGUAUAUGUCAAUGCCAUGUCAGAUAUUUCAUUGAUAGAGGGAUAUAUUACAUUUUCUUUUCUUUUCUGCUUCUUUCUCAGUUCAUGUUUGUUAUUACUUUGGUUGGAUCAGACAUAAGUGCAAAAUCAUACCUUUUUUACAAAAACCUUUUGUAUACAUACGUGAUUGUCGCAAUACAGAAUGUUGAGAAGUUACUUA